AACCUAUUUUGUUGAGGUCCUAUAUAGUCACUGGUAGGAUUCUCCGUUAAUUGCGAUGAGUUAAAAGUGUCUCUGACCGAUCUCUCACAUAUAGUUUAAACCCAUUUUUCUCUAUUUACUACUUCAUCUACUAUUUAGUAUUACCCCACCUGCAACUAUUACCCCUCCUGUCGAGAUUUGUUCAAGAUGGUGCUCGAUUACAGCAAAUGGGAUGCGCUUGAGCUGUCUGAUGAUUCAGACAUCGAAGUACACCCUAAUGUCGACAAGCGCUCCUUCAUCCGUGCCAAACAGGCUCAGAUUCAUCAGCAGCGCAUGCAACGCCGCCAUGAAAUCGAAACUCUCAAGUAUGAGCGUAUCAUUAACGACGGACUUCUAUCCCGCAUAGACCAACUCCUGAAGUCACUCCAACAGCAUGAGGGUUCCUCCAAAAACCCCGAAGAAGUGGUUUUUCAGGUCCUCAUGGAGUCGGCAAGCAAUCCAUCAGAAGAUCAGCCCCCUGCCCCACCGGCCGGUGUAUACACGCAUGAGAAAGAACAGCCAAAGUAUUCUCAAAUGAUGAGCUCACUGGUGGAUCAGGUUAAGAAGGAGAUGGGCGAAGUUAGCUCCGACAACCUUCUCAAGGAAUACAUCAAGGGUGUGCAGGGACACAAGGACAAGGUACAGGGCUUGCAGAAAGAAUUGCUGGCGAAACUCGCAGAACUGGAGAAGGAAGAAAGCAGCAAAAUCACAAGUGAUCAGAUACAUACCGGCUUUGACACAUCUUUUGUCGCCAAGAACGACUCUAAGGGCAAAGAAACUGAAGCCAAGAAGGCGGAAUCUGUCGAGCUGCUGAACCCUGCCGCGGUAUCGGGGUCUUCGUCACAGAAGGCGACCGCUGAUGAAGAGGAAGAGGACCCAGAAAACAUGAAGGCUAGUGAUCUGGCCAAGCGGUUUGCAAAGAUCAAUCGUAACGAUUACCGUACCUUGCUUCAGUUCAUCUCUGAGCACCCAGAGCUCGUCGCAGAGAAGGAAACGGAUGGCCUGCUAGUCGAAGCAUUCAAUAGCCAAAUGGACGGUAAAGAGGACUAUGCUCGUACAUGCGUUCACCACGGCCUACUGCUCCAGUAUUGCCGCUCCUUGGGCCGUGAUGGCAUUUCUCUCUUCUUCAAGCGUAUCACGACGAAAGAUCAUCAAGCAUCAACGCUUUUCCGAAAUGAUGUCAAUGAAACCUACAAUAAGAUCAAGACCCGUGCAGCAGAGCUCGCUAAGGACGGUUCUGCAUCCAACGAUCCCGCUGGUGUUGAGCAGAUCCAGCUUCAUGCAGUUGAUCCCAACACUAAGAUCACCAUCAAUAUCCCUGCUGCGGAGAGUAGCGAGCCUGUCGAAGUCGAAGCACGCAAGAUCUUUGAAUCAUUUUCGAAGGACUUGCAGCAGGCAUUGAGCUCUGAAUCUUUAGAUGAAGUCAAUAAGGUCCUCGGCAAGAUGAGUGUAGAGGAGGCAGAAGACGUUGUGGAGAAGCUUGGGCAAAGCGGUAUGCUCAGCCUCGAGGAGGGUAUUGUGGAUGCUACCACAGAAGAAGGUCGGAAGAAGUUGGAAGAGAUCGAAGCCGAAAGCAAGAAGGAUAAUAAGAUUGAGGAAGUGGGAGAGCCGGGUGGUGAUAUUACUGAACUUGACUAAAGAUUUUUGCAGGAUACUGGCCGACUGCAAUGACGUGUAUAUCUUUCUGCAUGUUUCAAAAAUAGUGCAUUGUCCAAUUACUAUUCACCUCUAAUACAUUUUUAAUAUGCAAUGCUUCUUUCUGUACAAUGUGACUGGGUUGUACUUUGUAGAUAUAUUAACUAAUUACCCAGGCUACUCCUGAGUUGUCUAUAGUAAACUCAAUCAAUAUAUUCACUUUGAAGUGAGGCUUAUUGCUGGUAUACUAGCAGUCUAUGUACGCUGU